UAUAUUCAGUAUAUCUAUUAAAGCUAAAAAUGAUUAUGAUAUAUUGGACAUGAAUUAAUAUAAAUAUGAUUGUGUGGCUAAGAUCAUUGGCAUUCGUUGUAUAAUGGGAGUCGUGAUUUUUACUUUAUUCGCUUUAUGCUGCGCUGCAGCGGGCGCUGUCCCCGCGGCAUUAAACAAUGCCAGGAUUAUUGGUGGUACUGUGACCACCAUCAAUCAGUACCCUGUUAUGGCUUCUCUGCUGCUGACCAGAGAUUUCGUUCACUGGAGACACAAUUGCGGCGGAAGCAUUCUUAAUCAACGAAGUAUUCUGUCAGCUGCUCACUGUCUAUACCGACGCCAACCAAACGUCUACCGGGCCCGUUUGGGAUCUAGUUUCGCCAGUAGCGGUGGUGUGAUUUUCAAUUUUGCUCAGUUUAUCAUGCAUCCCAACUAUAACUCCAGAAACCAAGAUAAUGACGUUGCUAUAAUGCGAACAAGUUCUGGUAUUUCUUACAACAACGUGAUACAGCCAGCGCGUAUCGCUGGAGCCAAUUACAAUCUCCGCGACAACGAGCGUGUGUGGGCUGCUGGAUGGGGCGUGACUUCGGUUAAUUCAAAUCAGCACUCAGAGCAACUUCGCCAUGUUCAAGUGUACACAAUUAAUCAAGCGGUAUGCAGACAGCGUUAUGCUGCAAGAAGCCCCAUCACAGAUAACAUGUUGUGCUCCGGCGUGCUUGACGUCGGCGGCCGUGACCAGUGCCAGAUGGACUCCGGCGGGCCCCUCUUGCACAACGGCAUCGUCGUCGGUGUUUGCUCCUUUGGUCAUAGAUGUGCCGAACCUCGGUACCCUGGAGUCAACGCACGCGUUUCCCGCUUCGCCACUUGGAUAGGAAACAACUCUUAAAUCCUUUUGGUAUUUAAAUUGUAAGAAUGGCUGUAAGAUAUUUUCAAUAAAAAAAAUGUAAACGCACCUUACACAUGGAACACAACAUACAAAUAUAUAUAUAUUAAAAUUGUACUUUUAGAUUUGUUAUAUUUAUUAAUAUUUUCUUUUGUUUUGUA